UUAAAGAAGUUGGUGGGUUAAGUUCAUGACUCAACGUUGAAAACAAAGUAGGUGAAUGUUCUGUGCUGGGUUUCGACCGUUUUGAGUUUGGCCUUUAGGUUUGGUCUUGGUUUCUCUCUCAAAAGAUGAACUCUUUCCACUAUAUUCUGCUCUCUACCUCCAUAGCCCUCCUCGCCAUUUUCGUUUCUCUUCCUCUUCUACGCCUCCCCAACAACAACCACUUCUUCUUCAGUUGGAGACCCACCAUUGCCGACUUGGUGCUCAGCAAUGGGGUUAUAUACACCAGCGAUGAUUCUCUCCCUUUUGCUGAUUCCAUGGCGGUCCGAAAUGGAAGGAUUCUACGCGUUGGAAACUAUUCCCAUGUAAAGGAAUUGGUAGGUUAUGGGACUAAAGAGCUGAAUCUCAUGGGAAAAAUUGUGGUUCCUGGUUUUAUUGAUUCCCAUGUACACUUAAUUCCUGGUGGACUGCAGAUGUCACAGGUGGAACUUCAUGGUGUAAAUGAAAGAGAUGAGUUUGUGAGAAGGGUCAAAGGAGCAGUGAGAAAUAGUAAACCAGGUUCCUGGAUUUUGGGUGGUGGUUGGAACAAUGAUCUAUGGGGAGGCGCAUUGCCAAUGACUUCAUGGGUGGAUGAUGUUACACCUCAAAAUCCUGUUUGGCUAUCAAGGAUGGAUGGCCAUAUGGGCUUCGCUAAUUCACUAGCACUAAAACUGGCAGGUGUUACCAACUCAUCAGAAGAUCCAAAAGGUGGUACCAUUAUGAGAACUUCCACUGGAGAACCUACUGGCUUGCUGGUUGAUUCGGCCAUGCAAAUUAUGCUCCCAUGCAUUCCAGAGGUCUCAGUAGAUGAACGCAGAGAAGCUUUGCUUAAAGCCAGCAAUUUUGCUGUGACAAGGGGUGUUACUACUGUAGUUGAUAUGGGGAGAUAUUAUCCUGGGACAUCUGUAGAGUUUUCCUGGCAAGAUUUUUCAGAUGUUUAUCAAUGGGCUGAUGCUUCUGGGAAAAUGAGGAUCAGGGUUUGCUUAUUUUUCCCACUGGAGAUUUGGUCACGAUUGCAUGACAUUAUUAAUAAAGUGGGUCAUGCCAUGAGCCAGUGGAUUUACUUGGGUGGAGCAAAAGCUUUUGCAGAUGGGUCUUUAGGUUCUAGUAGUGCACUAUUUUAUGAGCCAUAUGUUGAAGAGCCUGAAAAUUACGGCUUACAAGUAUCGGAUUAUGAGAGCCUUAUAAACAUGACUUUAGCUGCAGAUAAUUAUGGGCUUCAGGUUGCUAUUCAUGCUAUAGGUGAUAAAGCAAAUGACUUGAUCUUGGAUAUGUAUGAUUCAGUGCUUACUAUAAAUGGAAUGAGGGAUCGAAGAUUCAGAAUUGAGCACGCUCAGCAUCUGGCACAUGGGGCAUCAGACCGGUUUGGUAAACUGAAGAUUGUUGCUUCCGUACAGCCAGAUCACCUAUUAGAUGAUGUUGAAUCUAUUGAAAAGAAGCUUGGGUUGGAUAGGGCUCAGAAAGAAUCCUAUUUAUUUCAGACACUCUUAAAUAGCAAGGCACAAUUAGCAUUUGGUUCUGACUGGCCUGUUGCGGACAUUAAUCCAUUGAGAAGUAUUAGGACAGCAAUGAAAAGAAUACCCCCAAAUUCCCAUGAUUCCUGGAUUCCAAUGGAAUGUGUUUCAUUGGAUGAUGCAUUAAAGGCGUACACUAUCUCAGCUGCUCGUGCAUGCUUUCUUGACAAAGAUUUGGGAUCUUUAACCCCGGGAAAACUUGCUGAUUUUGUCAUACUUUCGACAGAUUCGUGGGAUGACUUUGCCGCAGAAGGAUAUGCAUCAGUUGAAGCAACAUAUGUUGGUGGAGUGCAGGCCUAUCCUUGAAAGCCUUUAAGAUCUUUGAAGAUGGAAAAAAUUCCAUGUACAGAGAGUAGAAAUGUCAAACAAGGAUAGCUUCAUGCCCACCAUCCAUGUAGUUCAGAUUUUUUCGGCAACAAUGUUUGAAUGAAGCAGAAGUAUAUUUGGAAUAUUAUUAUUGGAAUUACUCGUAAGGUUGGCAGAACAAUGCAUGUAUGACAUGGGGGAUAAAUAACUUUUAUUUUAUUUUAUUUUAUUUUAUUUA